AUGCAACAACCGUUUUCUUCUCUAUCAUCAUCCUCACUUUCUGAUGCUAGCAAGAGCAAUCAUGGAAUCGGAAAGGAAACCUUGAAAAUCAUUCUGAAAAAACUAAAUCAACAACUUCAUCACGAGUUUUUCGACAGUGCUACGGAGAUUGGCUCUCUGAUGAUCAGCAGUUGUUUCAAUACUAUUGUCGGAGAUGUUAAUUCUCGGAAUGAAUUGAUUGAAGGCAUAUCGCCAUACAACACUUCUUGGAGUAUUAACAAGUGUGAAUUUUGUGUGGACAAUUUGGCAAAUACAGUACUAGUUUCUUUCAAAGAAAAAUAUAAAGCAAGCUCCGCUCUAAGCGAAGAAGCAGAAUGGUUGCAAAUAUUUGUGGACUUGCUGGUUGUGUACUCCAGAGCGUUGAUUGGAAAUUCAGAGGUGAUGCGAGCAAAGCAAUAUCUAAGUCAGGCUGUAACGAUUUCUUCAUAUUUAUUGGAUUAUUUGUCAUCCAAGACGCCAGAUGACAAGAAAAAACAUUAUUAUAUUUGUGACAUUCUUGCAGACGCCUGUUUAAAGAAUAACCUAGAAGAUGAAGCAGAGAUUCAUUUAAAAUCAAUACCAAAAGAGUUUAGAAGUGUAAAAAACUUUAUGAAAUUAGGAGAUAUUUACAUGAAGAAAGAUAAAAGCAAGGAGGCUGUCGCCUGUUACCAAGAGGUGUUAAAAAUGGAUAAAUAUGCAAUAUCAGCUGUAGAGAAGCUCAUUAAACUUGGCCUUCCUGAAGACAAGAAGAAAAAUCUUACGGAUUACUACAAGAAAGAAGAAUGGUUGGCAAAGCUCGUGGAUGUCAAAUAUUAUGCACACAAUAAUCAACAUGAAAAAUUAAUGCCCUCGCUCAAGUACUUGGAAAAGUCAUUUCCUAACAACGUUGGGCUUCAAUUGAGUUUAGCAGAUUGCUAUGAUCAAUUAUCAAAAUACAAUGAGGCAUUGGAUCUCUUCAAACAAUGCUAUAAAAUGGAUGGAUAUACAGAUUUAAAAACGAGCACCUAUGCCACACUUUUGCAAACUACAGGUCAUCCUUUAGAGCUUCAAACACUUUCUCAACGAUUAUUAACAACGAAUAAGGGAUCUGCAGAGAGCUGGUUGGUCAUGGGAAUUUACUACACAUCAAGAAGUACUCUACUAGCAGUGGCAGGUGGAGAUGAAAAUACAGAGAGAAACAAACUUUCAUUCCAACACAACAUGGAAAUGGCAAUACGAAGCGUAGAUAAGGCUUUAGAAUUGAAUAGCGCUUUUGUACUGGCAUAUUUAUGGAAGGGACAUUUACUAUUAAUGAAUCAGCAGUAUGCAAAAGCCAUUAUGGUCUACAAGCAAGCAAAAACUAUUUCAAAGGAUAUCAGGAUAUUCCAAGGACUAGUGAAAGCAUAUUUAGCGUUACCUCAACAUUUCCAAGAUGCUCUUAACGCUGCACGAAUCGCACAAAAACACUACAACUCUAAGAAUGAUUACAAGCCACACAUACUAUUAGGCAGUGUCUAUACGAUGAAAGAAGAACUUCAUGAUAAUGCACAAAAAGAGUUUGACCUUGCCCUCAAGAUAUGUCAAGAAACAGAUAAUGAAUUUGGAAUGGAAGAGGCACUUCUAGGAAAGGUAGAAUUAGAUAUCAAGAGACAACAAUUUGAUUCUGCCAUCAAAACUUUACAAUCUCAAAAUCUUAAACAGAAUACUGACAGUAUUCAAACCAAACUUGGACAAAUCUAUUUGUAUCAACAACGUUUUGAAGACGCUUUUCAAUGCUUCCAUAAGGCACUCUCGCUGAAUCGAUUUAAUGAAAUUGCACGACAGGAAUUACUGAAACUUGAAGAAGCACCAGCUGAAGAAGAGGCUGAGGAAGAAUAUGACAUGUAA